AUGACAGACAGAUAUAUUCUAGUUACUGGAGGAGCUGGUUACAUUGGAUCACAUACAGUCAUAGAGUUGAUCAACAACGGGUACAAGGUGGUCAUUGUCGAUAACUUGUCCAAUUCAUCAUACGAUGCAGUAGCUCGUAUCGAGUUUAUUGUCAACCAACAUGUGCCUUUUUACGACAUCGACUUGAGAAACGGCGAUGAGUUGGACAAAGUCUUUAAAAAGUAUGAUAUUCACGGGGUCAUCCAUUUUGCUGCGUUGAAAGCCGUGGGUGAGUCAACCAAGAUUCCCUUGAAGUACUACGAAAACAAUGUCGGUGGAACCAUGUCUUUGCUCGAGGUGUGUUCAGCUAAUGAUGUCAAAACCAUUGUUUUCUCAUCAAGUGCCACUGUCUAUGGUGAUGUUACUCGAUUUGGCCCCACUAAGUACAUUCCUAUCCCAGAAACUUGUCCUACUGAUCCAACCAAUCCAUACGGGAAAACCAAAUUUGUGAUUGAACAGAUCUUGAAGGAUAUUCACACAAGCGACAAUGCGUGGCAAGUUGCUAUUCUAAGAUACUUUAACCCAAUCGGUGCUCACCCUUCUGGAUUGCUUGGUGAAGACCCGCUAGGCAUCCCCAACAAUUUGCUCCCAUACUUGGCCCAAGUAGCAAUUGGUAGACGUGAAACGUUGUCCAUCUUUGGUGAUGACUAUGAUUCUACCGAUGGAACCCCAAUCAGAGACUACAUUCACGUCGUCGACUUGGCUAAGGGACAUAUUGCCGCAUUGAACUAUUUGAAAAAAUUGAAUGACAAGGGAUUGUACCGUGAAUGGAACUUGGGCACAGGUAAAGGCUCCACUGUAUUCCAAGUCUACAAAGCAUUCUGCAAGGCUGUUGGUAGAGAGUUGCCAUAUAAGGUUGUGGGAAGAAGACAAGGUGACGUUUUGAACUUGACGGCUAAACCCGAUCGUGCACAGCAAGAGUUGCAAUGGAAAGCCGAAUUGACCGUUGAGGAUGCUUGCAGAGAUCUUUGGAGGUGGACAACGGAAAACCCAUUUGGGUUUGAGCUUCAAGAUUACAAAUGGCAAGAGUUUGAUGGUUUGCAAAACCGUUUACACACUGUACAAAACAAGGAUUUGCAAGUGACUUUUUGCAAUCGAGGUGCAUUGAUUCAGGAUAUCAAAGUUGGUGAGCAACAUAUCGUGUGCGGUUUUGAUAACGCUAAGGAGUACACACUCGAGACAAAUCCAUAUUUCGGUACCACUGUUGGUCGUUAUGCCAAUAGAAUCAAAAAUGGUGAGUUUGAGAUAGAUGGAACAAAGUUCCAGUUGACCCAAAAUGACGGCAGUAACACGUUGCAUGCUGGGAACAAUGGAUUUGAUAAGCAAAACUUUUUUGGGCCUGUGGUUAAACAAAAGAAUGGCAAGUUUACGCUUGAGUUCAAAGUUGUUGAUGCUGAUGGAACGGAUGGGUUUCCUGGCACUUUGGAGGCAAUCGUGAAGUACACCAUUGAUUCUUUGUCAAUUGAGAUAGAGUAUGAAGCCAAGUCACUUGAUGAUAAACCAACAGUGGUGAACUUGACCAAUCACAGUUAUUUCAAUCUUUCUGGUAAUGGAACCAUUGACGGCACACACAUCAAAUCGUCAGUUGACCAGCUUCUUGAAUUGGAUGGUGCGAAACUCCCCACUGGGAACAUUAUUUCCAAAACAAUUCCAAGUACAAUAUCGCCUGAAGUGAUUUUGGAUGACUGUUUUGUUGUCGACAAAGAUGCCAAUGCAAUUGAUACAAGAUCAAAGGCAUUACAGACGUUGGUUGAGGCAACGCAUCCAGACUCCAAUGUCAAGAUUGUGGUAUCAAGUACUGAGCCUGCUUUCCAAUUUUACACCGGCGAUGGUGUCAAUUGCUCUCAGUUUGGCAAGAGGAGUGGCUUUUGUGUUGAGCCUUCAAGGUUUGUAGAUGCUGUACAUUCGGACAAUCACAAAGGGCAGGCUGUGUUGAAAAAAGGUGACGUUUAUGGUGCUAAAAUUAAGUACGAGUUUAGAUAG